CGGCGCUGUGGACCAUGUACGUAGACGGCCUCGCCGGGCGGCUCGUGAAGGACGAUAAUGGCGCAUCGUCAUGGGCACGAGCACCUGGUUCCUGGAGGCAUUGCAGCGGCUUGCACAGUACACAGCAGGGCCCGGGGAGAGGCCGCGGUGCGGCUGUGUCUGUCAAACGACUCGCGACGCCUAUUUCGGUAGAUGCUGGCCUCGGAACGCAUCUGCCCGCCGCUACCCAGGGCGUAAGGGCCAGAGCUGGGGCCAUGAAGGAGCAGCAGCUGAGAUACAAAUCGCUAUUGGGGUCGUGACGGAGAGCUCUUCACUGCAGUCUGCUCUGUCUCCCUCACGACGACUGAUGGCCGACGAGGUCUUCGACCCCUUCGAGGCAUUGGGCUUGCCACGCGAUGCCACGCCCGCCGACAUCAAGGCACGCUACCACCAUUUAGCCCGCAGGUACCACCCGAACCGACAUCAUCGUCCUACGCGAGCGCGAGACAGCCCGUCCGCCGACGCCUACGCCCUCCAGAAGACAUGGUCGCGAGAGGAUCGCGACAGCCUCUCCAUCGACUACUUCCACAACGUCCACCAAGCAUGGAAACUCCUCAGCAAGGCCGACAACCGCCGGCGGCGUGCCGAGCUGCUGAACCUGCUGGAUCUGCAGGACCAGAUGCUGGCCGCUUUCAUGGACCUCCUGGACGCCGAGCACCGCAGUGAGCACGGCGACGAGCAACAAAGGCACGAUGAGCACCACGAGCACUCCGAUCUGGAAGGCCAGAUAUCCAGCGAUGCCGACGAGGAUCUGCCCAACGUGGGUGUGCAACGAAGACAGACAUUUCGCAAUACACAUGUGGCACAUCUCGGUGACGCGGAAGCCCAGACUCCGACGAGCCCUACGAAGAAGCACAUUCGAAUCCUUUCGAAGCUCGCCAAAGGGCGGCAGGAUCAAAAGAAGAAAGAUGAGGACUACUUUGCACAACGGCGCAGGAAGAUGGAGAAGCUGCGUCGGAAAGAGCUCAGUGCAUUCCUCGAGUACAGGAAUGCCAUGGUCGCCAAAUUCGAAGCGGAAGAGGAGGCGGAGCGGCGGCAAGAGAUGUACGAACGGGCAAAAUGGAAGCGGGAAUACUUUGAGCGCGCACCUCGUGGUACAACGGAGCGCUUUCGAUCCUUCCAGCACUUCAUGGUUGCUGCUGCCGCAUUUGGCACUCCAGCUGCGCCUCGGCAGCGGAACCGCUCUGAUGGCAGCUACAGCACCAUGACACCGACCGCUGGUCCAGGAGAGAAUGGUUUCCUCUUUCCCGAAAGCGGUCUUUCCCGCCAGCGGACUACGCAUCGGCGUGGCUGGAGUAGUGAUAUCAGUGGGGAUCAGUCUGACAGCACGGAUCAUGAAGAUCUCGAAACGAGCAACUGGCGGAAGUUGACUGGGUUCUCUGCACUGCGGCGACAUUCGAGGCGCUCCAGUGAGAAUCUGCGACUUGAAGCCUUCCGAUCGCCUCACCGGGCACCACCGGCGAGUCCACCUCCCAUAAUCGAGCCUAAAUCGCCGACUGAAUCCCAAGGACUCAAGAUCAUAGUGAGGCAACCCACGGGUCUCAACACCAUCAGAGAGGCGCAAGACUCGAGUGGCGAUACUCUGUCUGGCUCUUCGCGAUCCCCAUCACCUAAUCCGAAUGGCGGAGAUGCGAAUCGUUUCAUGUGGCUUCCGUCACUGGGACCAGCAGAAUACUUCGGCAUGCAUCGUGACAGUCGCGCGCGAUCCACCAGUCCUCUCGGAGACCGUCGCGCGUUGGCAAACACCACUCACGAGGAGAAAGAUGUCCCAAAAGCCACCAGUGAAGGUCUUCAUUUCACAACGAAACCUAUUGGCGAACCGCAUCAUCUUCACAUCCCGUUCAGCAAUGUCUACGAGCUCAAUCGUGACGAGAAGGAAUGGAUGUUAGGAAUCGAGCCCGACAAUCAGAAUAAUCCAGAUGCCUUGCUGGAUCGACUGCAACAGUUGGACCCAAACGUGGCCUCAAAGUUCAUGGUCAAGCCAGACAUCAAGCAGCUGUUUAGGUUUCGCCUGAUUUACAAUCACCGGCACCUCGCGACGAAAGAGAAGCAGUCUUUUAUUGCACUGAGCUACCGGCGCAAACUGCAUGUAAGCAAGAACGGUGGUCACUUCACGCUCCCUUUGGAACCAGAAAUCUUCCAAGCCGUCUUCGAAGAGCGACAAUCGGACGAUGAGGGCCUUUGGAUCGAUCAGAUAUGCAUCGACCAGGAGAGCCGCGAAGAGACCAUAGUCUCCAUGUCGGCCAUGGAUAUGGUAUACAGAAGCGCCCGGGUUGUCGUAGUUGUCUUGGAUGACAUUGAAAUGGAUGCACAUGAAGGAGAGCUGCUGCUCAACCACAUGAGCGAAUACAACAGCAUGACUCAUGUUCCGCCUGGACAACGCUUCCGACGCAAGCAGCCGCCUUAUCUUGAAAGCCAUGAGAACUUGUUCAGAGUGAUCCGAAAGAUGCUGCGUUCGUCAUGGUUCAAAAGAGCGUGGUGUCGACACGAGAUGCGUUUGGCGAAGCACCACAUCUUUCUUAUUCCCUGCAAGCGACCUGGCAGCUGGUCGGGAAGGGCUGUCCUUCGCUUCAAUGGCAAGUGCAUCUCACACUUGCUUGAUCUAAGCACCGAGGUUCCCUUCGAGCAGGACGUGGAAUCCGUCAAGCCUGCGCUCCACGCCUUCUUCCGGGACCGAAGCAAGAUGGCGCCAGACGAACGGAAAAUGAAGCUACAUCAUGGCAACUUCUCGACUGUCGUUGCUGAGGUCUUCGCCAUGGAAGCUGGGGGUGAUCCGCGCAUACCUGCUGAGCAAAGAGAGGCCGACGCCAGGAAGGACAAAAUCGCCAUCAUUCUGAACACGAUGGAGUGCGGAUUGAGCAUUUCGGAGCGCCUCCGGAAUCCUAAGGUUCAUCUGUCGCAGAACGAGUGCUAUCACGACCUGAUGCUGCUCAGUCUCGCGGCGCAGGAUCCAGGAGCAUUGUGCUCGGUGGGCGCUCCUCUUCCGAUCACGGAUCGUCUGCACAGCUGGAUCUACACGCCCACGGUCUCAGACAGUGGGUUGAACAACACCAAGACUUUACAGCGCUUGCCAGAUAGAGCAAACAUUGCAGUCAGCGCGGAUGACAUGGAACAGUUCAUUCAGCUCGACCUCAAAUUCUUGAAAAGUGGACGAAGAGAACAGCAUCCUCUGGACCCUGAUGAUCUCGCACUGGCCCGCCGCUUCAUCGCAGUGUGCAAUGAGAAGAAGUUGGGAAGGAACAGGAAGAGAUAUCUGAUACAUGAUCGCAAAGCCAACCUACUAUUCGGCUCCAUGGAAGAAGUCUACACAGAGACUCUGGCCUGCGUUCUCACGUGCGGUCCAGACUGGAUGAGUGACGUUUGCCAACGUUACAGCAUGAGCAGAUGGCGCGUGGAUCUCAAAGGCGCUGUCGAGUUACUGGUCGCUCUUCGAAACACUUGUGGCCAAUGGCCAUCACAUGCUUGGAACGAGCGUGCCACAGCAUUCAUUAUGGACUUCGUGAACUUCCUCAUCAUUCGAGGUUUGCCUUCAAGACAGAUCCUACGACCUGAGAAAUGGCGACCAGUAUGGGUGCCCACUGCACCUGGCGGCAAGGUCGUAACCUUUGUACCAGACGGCAAUAGACACAUCCGUCCUGCUGUGCCCACAAUCUUGGUCAAUCCGGACUACGUCCACUUGGCUCGCUUGUGGAUCUUGGAACCACGACCACGACCCACGGAGGACAAGGACCUUAAUCUAAUCCCCAACCACGAAGAGUGGACUUUGCUGGGAAAAUCUGUGCUAUUUAGCGACGAUCUCUCCAUCGAUCAAUUGACUUCAUCUGAUGGCUUUUUGAAGGAGAGCCAAAAGGUCUUUGGACGUAGACGUCCUGCACAACAAUCCCUCAAACCCAAUGGCGUUCACCGGGAGAGGAAAUUGUGAGCGACCUAUCUGGAAGUCGAUUUAUACCCCUGUACGAACAACCAAAUUGUCAGCAUCUUUUAGCUUGAUUUUGUGAUAGCGAUUUAGCGAUGGGCGUUUCAUGCAUGGAGCAUGUAGAUGGGCGUAAUUUGAGGGGCUUUUUGUGUAGUGGAAAUACACACCAUAUGGCACAGUGCCUCGUUCUUGUAUCUUGAAUUCGGUAUGAGAUUG